AUGAUGCCAAUAACAGAUCGAGAAAUUGAUCCACCAAAUAAUAGGUUUCCAUAUUGCGUUGUUUGGACACCGAUUCCUUGUUUAACGUGAGUUUUUUCAAAGUUCGAAAAUAAAUUAUUUUAGUCCUUGGUAAAUAAUUUAUUUUUAUUCAUUGAAUACUAGUUGUGUUUAACUUGCCAAUUUAUUUCAAUUUUCUCUGUGAACUUGAAAUAUCAUUUUACUAAGUUUUCAAAGAACAAAAUAAAAUAAAACUUUGAAUCUAAAUAUUUUCCAAGAAAAUAAUUUCAGAUGGUUUUUCCCAUUCAUCGGUCAUAUGGGAAUUGCAACAAGUCGCGGAGUGAUUCGUGAUUUCGCUGGAAGUUAUUAUGUGAGCGAAGAUGAUAUGGGAUUCGGUUGGCCAACUCGAUAUUGGCAAUUAGCACCAGAACAUGCAGAAGGAGGUGUUGAAGCAUUUGACAAAGGAAUCAUUGAAGCAUCAGAUGUCUACAAAACUCGAAUGCAUAAUUUGAUUUGUGAUAAUUGUCACAGUCAUGUUGCAAUGGCAAUGAAUUUGAUGAGAUAUCAAGAUAGAGAAGAUUGGAAUAUGGUCAAAUUGGCUUGGCAUAUACUUGUUGAUGGGAAAUAUGUGAAGACUCAUCAUUUUUUGGCACAAUGGCUCCCAUUUUUGAUUAUCAUCUGUGUAUUUAUCGGCAUUUUUGCUUUUUUAUAAUUGAAAAGUAUCUCCUUUAGGAUUGGGAGAAUUUUUGUAUUUGUUAAAAAAUUAACUGUGAUAUAUUUCUAUGUAUGUAUUAAUAAUGUACUUAAAAGAUCUCAGAAAUGUUUUUUAUCAUUUGAUUUUUAUUCGUUUUUGGGUCUGAAACCCUACAAAAUACCUUUACCACUUAAAUUUCCAGUCUCUAAUCAACAAAAAUUAUUUAGAUGGUCCGAUUGACAGCCGAAUUGUUAUCCGAACGCCCACAAUUUGUGAACACUUUGAAUUUGCGAGAAAUCAAUAUUCGUGGACAAAAAGUGCCGGUUAUUGAAAAUAUGGGAGUUACCAGGGUGAGCAAAAAAUUAUUUUUUUCGUUGAAAAAAUUCACUGUUUCAAAUUUUUGAGAAAUAUGAAACUCCAACAUUGUCUUUGAUUUUUCGAAUAUUUCCAUGUCUUUCAGGAUCAAUUCGACGUCAUCGAUCUAACUGACAAUGACAUUCGAAAAUUAGACAAUUUUCCAACUUUCAAACGAUUAAGUAUUCUCUAUCUUCAUAAUAAUCGGAUAAAGUGAGUUUUUUAUUUACUAAUUAAAAAUAUUGAUUAAAAAAAUUAUAUUUUUGCAGUUAUAUAGCUCCAGAUAUUGCUCAAAAAUUACCAAAUCUGAAAACGAUCGCUUUGACAAAUAAUAAUAUUUGUGAGUUAGGAGAUAUUGAUCCAUUGGCCAAUUGUCAAAAACUGGAAUAUGUUACAUUUAUCGGAAAUCCUAUCACCCACAAGGAUAAUUAUCGUCUUUAUAUUAUUUUCAAGCUUCCAACAGUUAGGGUUAUCGAUUUUAAUCGAGUCAAAUUAUCGGUAAGUUUGGAAUUUUCUCGAGAACCUUCUAGAAAAAUUGAUUUCAGGAGCGUGAAGCGGCGAAAAAGAUGUUCAAAGGAAAAAGUGGAAAGAAGGCGAGAGAUUCGAUUCAAAGAUCUGUUCAUACAGAAGAAGCUCAAUCGGAGAAGGAAAAUUCAGUUGGUGUACAAUUGACAUCAGAAGAUCGCGAAAAGAUCAAGGUAAGUUAUGGGGUGAUUCAGGUCGAAAAAGAAAUAAUAAAAAAACAUUUUUUAACGAAAAAAAUCGAUUCAGCAAAUGUCAAAAAACUAUAUUUGUUUUCCUAUUUUUUGACAUUUUUUUACAUUGCAACAUUUUCGCUGCAAGAUAUUUUUCAUUUUUGUGUGGAAAAAAAUGUCAAAAAAUAGGAAAAAAAUAUAGUUUUUUGACAUUUGCUGAAUCGAAUUUUUUUGUUAAAAAAUGUUUUUUUAUUAUUUUUUUUUCGACCUGAAUCACCCCAUUAGACAAUUGGAAAAUGUGGGAUGAGCUUGAGAAAAACCAUCUUGUGUAUUAUCAAACAUUUUUGUUUGAAAAACAAUGAUGGAAAUUAUUUGAAACGUAUUUUCGACGUUUUUUGAGUCAUUGACAUUUUUUCAUGAUUUGCUCGCUCCAGGGAAUUUUUUAAAUCUUAUUCCUAAAAAAAGCUUCAGGUCAACAGUUACAUAUUUUUUUCAGGAUGCUGUAAAGAAUGCCAAAUCGUUAGCCGAAGUCAAUUAUUUGCAAAGUAUUUUAGCGUCUGGACGGGUACCGGAAAAGGUGAGAACAUUUUUAAGCAAAUCUGGAACUCGGUCUGAUUUUGAGGAUCGGACCAAUUUCUCAAAGUUAUAUGAAAAAUGACGAAGUUUCUCAGAUCUCAUGAAAAACAAGAAUUUAUGUUCUCCCCAAGAAGCUUAUACAAUUUCUCAUGUGUAUAUUUAAAUGCCAUUUCUGAGAAAUCUAACAACCAAACUAAGGCCGAUUAUGAUUUCUGAUUUUUUGAAUAAUCAAAAAUUUAUAAACUGAUUCAGAAAUCCCAAAAAUUAAUUUUUCCCGAAUAAAAUCUAUAGUUUUUCGAAUUCAUUCAAUUCAAUAUUUCUAGGGUUGGAAUCGACAAUUGGAUCAAAUUGCCAGAGCAAAUGGUGGAUUCGACGAAGAAAUGGAAACAUAA